AUGACUGGGCUGCCUCUCCUGCUGCUGCUCUUCUGCCUCUCUCCUCCAACUGCUGCUAAGAGGAGGCAAACCAUAUGUGUGUUGAGGAAUUUGUUCAAGCCUUAUGGAAAAUGGAACUAUUACAGGCCUGGUGAUCUCAUUAUUGGUGGGAAUUUACCCCUGGCAACUCUUAUGUCCUCCAGUGUCCCACGUUUUCAGAAGGAACCAUUCCGGCUUCCUUUUAAAAUUUUACCCAUACUCAAGAAAUACCAGCAAUUCCUGGCCUUAGUGUUCGCAGUCACAGAGAUCAACAAAGAUUUGGUUCUCCUCCCCAACAUCAGCCUUGGCUUCCAGAUUUGUGACAAUGUUCGGAUGGAGAGGAAGAUUUCUUUAAUCAGCCUCUCCUUUCUCUCCACACGAGGCCAAAUGGUUCCAGGUUACAAAUGUGACAGGCAGGACAAUCUGCUCUCUGUCAUUGGAGGUGAUAAUCCCAAAUCCUCAAGGCAGAUGGCCUCCAUCUUCAACAUCUACAAGGUCCCACAACUCGGUGUUGGCUUUGAGUUCCCUCAGGAAUACAAACCAGUUUAUCCUUCCUUCUUCCGGAUUAAUCCCAGUGACUUUCCUGAAUGUGUGGGUUUAGUCCAGCUGCUCCUGCAUUUCCAGUGGAACUGGGUUGGCCUUGUGACUUCUGAAGAUGACAGUGGAGAACAUUUCAUCUCAUCUCUGAUGCCAAUGCUGAAGGAGAAGGAGAUCUGCCUGGCCUUCAAUGAAAACACUACGUUCAAGAAUUACCAGCUGUUCCUGGCCUUGGUCUAUGCAGUCACAGAGAUCAACAAGGAUGUUACGCUCCUUCCCAACAUCACACUUGGCUUCCAUAUUUAUGACAAUAAGGACACUGUUGUGAGAAUUUCCUGGAACAGCCUCUCUCUUCUCUCGACCCGAGGCCAAAUGGUUCCAGAUUACAAAUGUGACAAGCAGGACACUCUGCUCUCUGUCAUAGGCGGUCUCAACUCCCAGUAUUCAAGGCAGAUGGCCUCCAUCUUCAGCACCUUCAAGAUUCCACAGCUCGGUUUUGACUUCCUCAAGUUCACUCAGGAAGACAGAAUUGUUUUUCCUUCCUUUUUCCGAAUUAGCCCCAGUGAAUUUCUUCAAUAUGGUGGUUUAGUCCAGCUGCUCCUGUAUUUCCAGUGGAACUGGGUUGGGCUUAUUGCCCCUGAAGGUGACAGUGGAGAACGUUUCAUCUCAUCUCUGAGUCCAUUGCUGGAGGAGAAGGAGAUCUGCCUGGCCUUCAGUCAGCUGUUGGAAUAUGAACCUUACGGAGAGAGGAAAAGAGUUCCAGAGGGCAAGCAGGUUUGCUGCUACCAGUGUGAUGCUUGUCCAGAAGGGACCAUUUCUAAUCAGACAGAUGCAGAUCACUGUGACCCCUGUCCAGAAGACCAAUACCCAAACAUGGACAAGGACCACUGCAUUGCCAAGAAGAUCCACUUCCUUUCCUAUCAAGACACCCUGGGAUAUGCUUUAAGUUCUCUCACACUUUCUCUUUCCAUUACCACCUUGGGAGUCCUGGCAAUUUUCCUUAAAUAUCGUGACACACCGAUCGUCAAGGCCAACAACCGAGAUCUCACUUACCUCCUCCUGGUCUCCCUCCUGCUCUGCUUCCUCUGCUCCUUCCUUUUCAUUGGUCAACCGAGGAAGCUCACCUGUCUCUUCCGACAAACUGCCUUUGCCAUUCUCUUUUCUCUUGCAGUUUCCUCUGUCUUGGCAAAAACUGUCAUGGUGGUUCUGGCUUUCAUGGCUACCAAGCCAGGGAACAAGACCAGGAAAUUCUUAGGAAAAUCACUGACCAAUUGCAUUGUUGUAUCCUGUCCUCUUGUCCAAGUAGUUCUUUGUGCCAUCUGGUUGAUAAACUCUCCCCCAUUUCCUAACUUGGAUUUCCACACCUUGAUAGGAGAGGCCAUCUUGGAAUGUAAUGAAGGCUCAGCUUCCAUGUUUUACACUGUCCUGGCCUACCUGGGUUUUCUGGCCCUGGUGAGUUUUAUCAUGGCCUUUUUGGCUAGGAAGCUGCCCGACAGCUUUAAUGAAGCCAAGUUCAUUACUUUUAGCAUGCUGGUCUUUUGCAGCGUUUGGAUCUCCUUCCUCCCCACCUACCUGAGCACCAAAGGGAAGUCCAUGGUGGCUGUGGAGAUCUUCUCCAUCUUGGCCUCUGGGGCUGGUCUCUUGGCUUGUAUCUUUUUCCCCAAAUGCUUCAUUAUUCUUCUGAGGCCCCAUCUGAAUUGUAAAGAAAAUAUGAUAAGAAACAAGAAUCUCUAA